UACAAUUCUGUUCAGACAACAUGGUGUCCGUCUGGAGAUGGCUGCUGGCAAACAGAAAAUAUUUUAUCAUCUUUCUGACUCCGAUCUUGCUUCUCCCUCUUCCUUUAGUAGUGCCAACAAAAGAAGCAAGCUGUGGAUAUGUGAUUGUUUUAAUGGCUUUAUUCUGGUGCACAGAGGCCCUCCCACUUGCUGUCACUGCAUUGUUUCCAGUUGUGCUAUUUCCUAUGAUGGGUAUCAUGAACUCAACUGCGGCAUGCAGCCAGUAUCUGAAAGACACCAAUAUGCUGUUCAUCGGUGGGCUACUGGUGGCCAUAUCAGUAGAGAAAUGGAAUUUACACAAACGGAUUGCUCUAAGAGUAUUACUCUUAGUUGGAGUCAAGCCAGCUUUGUUGCUUCUGGGGUUCAUGGUGGUUACAGCCUUCCUGUCCAUGUGGAUCAGUAAUACAGCCACUACUGCCAUGAUGAUACCAAUAGCCCAGGCCGUCCUGCAGCAGCUUUACACUUCGGAAGAAAAACUGGAAGAUUGUCCAUCAGAUAAUGUCAACCAAGAUGAAAAUCAAAUGAACGGAGUCACCAAACUGGGCUUAAAGGAUAACGCACCUGAGGAAUUCAAAGCAUUAGAUAAACAGCCAAAUGGAAAUAUAAACCAGACAUUUGAAAUGUAUGAAAAACAACCAAUAGAUUCUGAUCUUAUUAAACAGGGGAAGCCAAGUAAGUUAACAAAUCCGAGCGUAGGUGCAGUUGCGAUUGAUUUAGAGGAUGAAAAAUCAAAGCAAGAGGGACAAGAUCGUAGAAAACAGAAGCACAUGAAACUGUGCAAAGGAAUGAGUCUUUGCGUAUGUUACUCUGCCAGCAUCGGGGGCAUUGCAACACUGACGGGCACAACACCCAAUUUGGUCAUGAAAGGACAGAUGGACGAGUUGUUCCCGGGAAACAAUAAUGUAAUAAAUUUUGCUUCAUGGUUUGGAUUUGCCUUCCCUACAAUGAUAUUGUUACUUCUUCUUGCCUGGAUCUGGUUACAGCUUAUGUUCCUGGGAACCAAGUUUAAGAAGAAUUUUGGCUGUGGUGGGAAACCAGAACAAAAAGAGAAAGAGAAGAGAGCAUAUAGAGUGAUCUCUGAGGAGCACAAGAAGCUGGGCUCUAUGACUUUCGCAGAAAUCUGUGUCUUGGUUCUUUUCACAUUGUUGGUGCUUUUAUGGUUCUCUAGAGAGCCAGGCUUUAUGCCAGGAUGGGCAACUAUCAGUUUUAACAAAGGCGGAAAAGAAUAUGUCACAGAUGCUACGGUUGCUGUUUUCAUAUCACUUACAAUGUUUUUUUUUCCAUCUGAACUUCCAUCAUGUAAAGCCCAGGACCCAGAGCAGCCAGGAAAAAGAAUAAAAAUCUAUGUGCCACCACCUCUGUUGGACUGGAAAACUGUAAACGAGAAGAUGCCCUGGAAUAUCGUCAUCCUGCUGGGAGGAGGAUUUGCUCUAGCUAAGGGCAGUGAGGAUUCAGGGUUGUCCACUUGGCUUGGAGACAAGCUCACUCCAUUGCAGAGUAUUCCCCCGGCUGCGAUCGCUCUAGUUCUGUGUCUGCUGGUUGCUACGUUCACCGAAUGUACCAGCAAUGUAGCAACAACUACACUGUUCCUACCCAUUCUGGCAUCCAUGGCAAAAGCAAUAGAACUGAAUCCAUUAUACAUAAUGCUUCCAUGCACACUCUCCGCCUCAUUAGCCUUCAUGCUACCGGUGGCCACACCCCCAAAUGCUAUAGCCUUUGCUUAUGGGCAGCUUAGGGUUGUGGAUAUGGCAAAAGCCGGAUUUCUGCUGAAUAUUUUAGGCGUGCUUGUUAUUACAUUGUCCAUUAACAGCUGGGGAUAUUACAUGUUCAACCUUGACACUUUCCCUACCUGGGCAAACUCCACCAUAAAACCCUAGCGGCUUUGGAUUUUGUGUGGACAAGUAUACAGGGAUCUGGCAGCGGCCUAGAAAAAGA